CAGGCGGGUUAUGCUCGGCUGACUCAUCCCACCCAGCACAACCACCUUAUGUAACCAACUAACCGAAGGAGGCAGCGGCGGCAGAGCCCGGUGGGGCGCCACCGCACAAACGCGUGACCUCGAGUCGAAACAGCGAAAAUUCCACACCAUCGACUCGCUCGCUCGCAACCCCCGACAAACGCCAACGACAGAAUCCCUCCUUGUUGUAUCUGAAGGUCAGAUUUUAUCGCCAAGAUGGGUAAGGUUCACGGAUCUCUCGCUCGUGCCGGUAAGGUCAAGAGCGCAACCCCCAAGGUUGAGAAGCAGGAGAAGCAGAAGUCCCCCAAGGGCCGUGCCCGCAAGCGUCUCAUCUACACUCGCCGUUUCGUCAACGUUACCCUGACCGGUGGCAAGCGCAAGGUAUGAACGGCACACCUUUUC